UAUAUAAUUGAUGAUGCGAUCUGCUUUAAAUAGUUUUUGCUUCUCAUUUUCUGUCACUCCUCUCUGCAUUGCUUGCUUGGGACAGUAACAAUUUCUUAGCAGAGGAGUGCAGCAUCGACACCCCACCACCAAUAUGGCAUCUGUCCUCUUGAUCUGUGCGUGUCUGAUGGGAUCUGUAUACGGCCAAUCUGUUAAAAGAACUUCACAUACAAACAUAUUUGUUGAUCCCACUAACCCUCUAUCAGAAGCUUUCCACAACGUGGCGUCAACCGCAGAGGGAAGUUUAGUAUCUCAGAGCAAUUUAGCUGAUAUUUCACAGAAUUUGCGAGGAUUUAGUCCUGCCGAAUUUCCUGCAGCAUUAAAACAAAUACUGGCCGGUGCUGCUUCCCCUGCUGAAGCUGUAAGGAGAGCGAACGAGAAUUCUGACAAAUUGUUGACAGAUGGAAACAAUAUACAGAAAGCCUUCCAAGUAGUUCAAAAUAAUGCCGUUCUUAAGCAGGUUUUAGAGCUACAAAGGAGUAGAGAAGCGGCUACAGAUACAGCGGCUCAACGAAUGCGAGCAGAGCUAACGCGAGUUAUUCAGCAACAGCAGCAACAGCAGCAACAACAGCAACAGCAGCAGCAACAGCAGCUGUUCUUGGCACAGCAACAGCGACAGCAACAACUACUACAGCAACGACUACAACAGCAGCAGCAGCAACCACAACAACAACAAGGGAAUUCACUUUUCACAGAUACCCAAAUUCCCGACGUACAUGAGGGGUUGAUAGCUGCCAACCUUUUGCCUACUUCGUUGAAUGAGGCAACCACUGGUACAACAAACCGAUUUGUAGGUUCUAGUGGUCCUAGUGGUUCUAGCAUUAGUUCCAGCAGCACAAGCCAAAGCAGUAACGUCGUUAAGAAAACAAGCAAAAGCGAGAAGAAACAGAAACUGGAAGCAAGAUUGAAAAAACUGAGGGAAAGAAUUGCGAAGAAGAAAAGGGAAAAGGCAGAGGAGGAAAGAGCGAAACAAACUGCGGCUGCGGCUAAAAAUGCUGAAGCCAUGGCUACAGCAAGACAGGAAGCUGCUCAGCGCCAAACAGAAGAGUUGUCACGUAAUAACGAAUUCAAUGCAGAAGCAACUUCCACUGGGAGAUUUUCAGGCGUAACUUCACAAGACGUUCUGUUGCAAGCAGGAGAAAAUGCUGCAGCUGAAGCUCGUAUUGCGGGGAUGUUAGAGAACCAAGUACAGGGAACCAGUGAAGCAAUCACGGUACCUUUUGGACAAAAUCAAGGAGAAUUCGCAUCUGGAGCUGUUUCGCAGUUUAUUACGUCAUCUCCUGUUUCCACUGGACGAACUGCACAGAGAAUGUCAUUUGUACCAUCGUUCAACAGCCAGAAUCAGAUUUUUCGGUCAGGUUCGCUAAAUGGAAUAGGUUCCUUUGACAUUUCCAAUGCCCAGAGUGUAUCGACUCAAGCGAAUUCGAUGCAACGGUCAAUGGGAGCGGCAAGAUCUGUACCGACAAUUCCUAACCAUUCAAACCGUGGGUUCCUCGCUAGAGUCGAUAGAAAUGGAGACGUUGUGCCUUUGAGCCGAGGCGUCAGUAGUUUUCAAUCCCCUAACAAUUUUGUCCAGUUUCCAUCGCCUUCACAAUUCACUUACAGCCCUGCUAUUUCAUCGCCUGUGUCUUACACAACCAACAUGUAUAGUUCUCCGUAUCAAAAUUUUGCACCAUACACAACCUCAUAUGGUACGAUGGCGCCGAUAUUCAGAAAUGCAGCAUAUUCUUUGCCUGGAAUGAAUGCACAAUAUUCGCAUGUAGUCCUGAAUGCACCGCAUUCCGUUUCAUACCCUAGAUAUACUUCACCAUCAUUCCAGGCAUUCGUUUGAAAAUAUAUAUAACAGCAUGCUGAAAAGCACGUAUGUACAAAUCGAUUGGAGCAUUUUAUAUUCACCCAUUGUUGAACGAAUCUCAACUUAAUAACCAAACAUUAAUAGAUCGUGUGUAUUACGUACGGUGCUGGUGCAUGGGUAAACUGGACAAAACGCUACUACAUUCUACUACACACAACUCUCAUUUUAUUUCAUCGAUUGUUUAUCAUUACUCUUCUCAGUUGUUAUCCAAUAUUUCUUCUUUAUUUUGAAAGGACAUUUACUGUUUUAUGACAGUUUUUGGUGUCUGAAUUUGUUGAUAUCAUUAGACGUUGGCCUGUUGGUCGAAGUUGUCCGAUCAUACCCGAUAUGUGCCGAUGUUUACCGACCAGAUGAUACUAGCCUACUGACUAGCAAUCAGAGCUAUGGUGGAGAUGGACAAUUGUCUUUUGUCGUGAAGUUAUCAACAAAUGUCACAUUUCGUAUAACAUACCAUAAAUAUAUCUUUUAUGCAAUAUAAUUUUUGCAAAUAAAGAAAUUUGUAUUUAACAACUGCGUGGACUAAUUGUGAAAAUCCACGCAGAAAAAAAAAAUG